AUGGACCAAACUCGAUUUUUCAUUCUUCUUCUCACUGCUCUCUGCUCCGUAUCUGAAUGUGUUCAGCGUCAGUAUCACUUUAUAAAUGAGAGGAAGAACUGGACUGAAGCUCAGAGAUACUGCAGAGAGAAAUACACAGAUCUGGCCACCGCUGACAACAUGAACGACAUGAACGAGCUGAACAAGAGUGUGAAUGAUAGAAGUGUUCAGUUGGUCUGGAUUGGGCUGCAGAAGACGGGUCGUGAUAAAUGGCAGUGGUCUUCAGGUGAACCUGCGCUCUAUCUGAACUGGGGAGAUAAACAACCAGAUGGCAAUGCUAAUUGUGCUAUGAUGUUAAAUGGACAAUGGCAUGAUUUGCCAUGUAGUGAAAACCGACAUUUCAUCUGCAACAACACAAACACAGGACUCGUCCUUGUCAAUCAGACGAUGAAUUGGACAGACGCUCAGAGUUACUGCAGACAGAAUCACAUUGAUCUGGUCAGUGUGAGAAACCAGAAUGAGAAUCAACAGGUUAAGCAGUUCAUUAGUGAUAGACAGUUAUCUGGAUCACAUGUCUGGAUCGGUCUGUUCAGAGACUCAUGGCAGUGGUCAGAUCAGAGUGACUCCUCAUUCAGAUACUGGAGGUCUGGUCAACCUGAUAAUUAUAAUCGUGGUGAAGACUGUACAAUGAUUGAACUGAAAACUCGGGGACAAUGGAAUGACGUCUCUUGCAUCAACCAGUUUCCUUUUGUGUGUCAUGAAGAUUUUGAUUCUGAACUGAUUCUGAUCAAAGAGAAUCUGACGUGGUCUGAAGCUCUGAGUUACUGCAGACAGAAUCAUGUGGAUCUGGUCUCGGUUCAUUCAGAAGAGAUUCAGCGUGGUGUGAUGAACGUGGUUAAACGGGCGUCUACUGCGGCGGUGUGGUUGGGUUUACACAACUACUGCAGCAUGAACAUGUGGCUCUGGGUGAGUGGAGAGAUCGUGUGCUAUCACAACUGGGCUCCAGGGAACGGAACGACACGGGAAAACUGCAGCCUCGAGAACAGAAAAGGAGCAGUUCAGUCUGGAGGAGAUCAGCGCUGGAUCAGUCUUCCUGAAUCUCACAAACUCAACUUCAUCUGCAGCAGAAAUUGAGAGUGAGAAACACACUAAUGUAUUUACUUAAGUUAAUGGUUUUCAUUAUUUUUCUGGUUUACUUUAUGUUUGAUUUGUUCUUUAGGAAGUUCUGAGUGAAUCUGAUGUGGUUUGGUUACUGGGUUUUAAA